AUGGCAAUUAAAUUAAAAUUUGAAAUAAGAAAUAUUGAGAUAGAAAAAAGUAUUCUUAAUGUUGGUAACGGUGUCGUUAUGUUAGAAGUUGAUAAUCAAUAUGUGGUAGGUAAAAAGAGUAGUGGAGCCGAUAUAGCAGGUGGUGAUAGUUUCAAAAAACGAGAUGCUCCCGCUACUACGAAAGUGUUGAGAGACAUUUCUCAUGUUGUUAUUGAAUGUGAUGAAAAAAAUGCCGAACUUUUGGCUCGGUUGGUGAAAUUACGAGGAAGUUUGAGAAGUGGAGCCGGCGUUAAAAAUGCAACAGCGGGCGGCAGUCCGGAAAAAUCUCUUUAUACUCUUGACAAUGUUCCAUUAAUAGGUGCUACUGGAGCCAGUGCGGGCGGGUUUAAUACUGUUGACGAAAUAUUACAAGCCAAUGCUAAUGGAUUUACUAUAAGUUCACGGGGGGGGGCAAUGGCUACGAUUGGUAAUAAUGCUCUGGUGGAAAAGCAGGCUGAUGGCACAACUGAUAAUGCUAAUGCCAAAACUAACAUAGAUAAUAUUAAAAAAUUAAUCGUUGACAAAAAAUUCACGGGAUUUAAAAUGUUUGACAGCACUCAAACUGUUGCUGCCGCUGUUUCUAAUGCCAGCAAAAGUCUUUUUGGCAAAGAAUUUACUCCUUUUGCUACCCUUAAACCUACUGCCCGAGAGUUAAUUGCUUUCCAUUAUUACAAAAAUACCGAUCCGAAAGAAUUACGAGGUUUCAAACCGGGUGAUAUUACUGCUGCUGGUUAUGGCGGUCAUGGAGAGGAUAUGAGCACGAUUAAUCUAGCCUUUUUUGGUAAACAUUAUUUUGUAGAUGUUGCGGGUACUACCUCCCGGAUUGAUGAAAGAUACCAAAAAGAUGAUCUGAAUUGUUUACUUUACUUCAAUGAGCAGUGUGGUGGCGAUAGUGGUAAUGUCUAUAAUAAAACUACUAAUCUUUUUGAUGGAGCGGCUGGUAAUGCCCGAGAUAAAGUUGAUAAAGCCUAUGGUGUGGUAAGUGCUUUUCUUACUGAAUGGGUUAAGUAUGCUGAUAAAGAUUACUCAACUAAAAAUAAAAAUAAUGAUAAAACUGAAUUAGAAAGUGAUAAAGCAGCGUUAGAAAUUUUAAAAAAGUAUAAAAAGGCAGUAUUAACGAGUGGUCCUCAAACAAAAAAAUUUAACAAAGUCGGCGAACUGGAUAGUUUAAUAACCGCAGCCACAGAUGGCAGUGAUAAAGAAAAAGUUUACCAGGCCUUUAAAGUCUUACCCGAUACGGAUGCCAAAAAAACGGAUGCCGUUUUUGAUGCCUUAAAAAUGCUGGUGGAUAAAUUAGACGGCAUGAUUGAUAAGCCAAGUGAUUUGGAAGCAUUGUCAACGGGGGGUGAUAAGAAAACCGCUUGGGACAUGGUUAAUGAUAACACCAAAGAUAGUAGUGGUAAAGGUUGA